UCAAAACAAGAUCACUAUUUUCAAUUUCCAAUAGGGCUCACUGCGUAGAAUAUGAUGACGUAAAAUGAUUUAUUGAUACUAUUGUUUCUGAUUUUUAUAGCUUUUGUGGUCUUUAUACAUUUAAUUUGAAUGAAAAACACAAACCUGUCUAUUUACAUUUUCAUUUAGUUAGUUUUGUUUUACAAUUUAAAAGUGGAUCGAAAUGACUCGCAUAUUGUGUAUUUUAUUUUUCGUAUUAUGUGUUGAUAAAGUGUCUUUAGCUUUAAAAUUAUUAGUUUCAAAUGAUGGGCCAGCUGUUCGGGGAUCUAACAUAACAUUUACGGCCACUGUUCUUGGUUAUUCAGGAGAAAAUCUUCAAUUUGAUUUUUCGGACGAUGUACAGCCACAACAUAGGGCGCAAUUUGUCUCGAAAUCCAAUGUUUCAAAAUGGACUGUCGAGUACCCGCGCGAUUUGUAUGAAGCUGGGGAGCACACAGUCACAGUUAAUCUUAUGAAAACAUUUUUUGGUAUGUGGAUCUUGGCAGCCACGGCAUCCACAACAUUCCAAAUUACAGAUUCACUCAAUGGAAACCUGUAUCUGCAGCAAAACAAUUUAAUUAGAAAUAACAAGUUUGUUGCCUCUAACAACACAGUGCACCACUUCGUACAACUACCGGAUAAUGAGAUGCAAUUUUUGAAGAAAAACGCAUCUACAAUUAUCACUUAUUGGUUCAUCGAUUGUAUGUUCAUAGAUCAAACAACAGACUUCUCUUUAAACUAUACCUACCAGGAUGUGAUGACUGAUCAUUAUAUCGAUGUGUUGGUUGUGGCUAACAACGAACCGUUGCCUCCGAUAACAACAACAACUACUACAACUACGACAACAACAACAACAACAACUACAACAACAACAACUACUACUACAACUACAACAACAACAACUCCCAAACCAUCUUUGGUUCCAAGUGUAGAUACUUCAUCAGUGGUACCAUUAAGCAAUACAAGUGAUAUUGCGAGUCAUAAAAUAUCCAAGCGUGGUUUAGCCACGAAUGCGAAACGAAAGCACGCAAUGAAGGAUUUCAUAUGCCACAACUCAAGCAUAGUGCCGAUCGGCGAUACUUACACAUAUGGACAUUAUCAGGAAACAAUUAGUAUAAGAGAGGCAAUUUCAACAGUGAACAUAACUGGUUUAAAUUGGUUGCAACAUGGUGAUCUUCUUAACCUACAAGUGAAAUACACAGGGUCACCACCAUUCGACUUUUGUGCUAUAUACAAGCUGGGACAAUACAACGUCACAGGGAAUGAGACAUGUUCUAUGAAGUCCAGAACUAUUUCUAACAUUAUCCCGUUGGUGCAUUAUUUUUCUGAUAGCGAGCAGCAUACUGUUGUUGUUGUUAUUGAGAAUGAGGUUGGGAAGAGUGUGUCGAGGGCCACAAUCAAUAUUUAUAAAGCCGCAGUGCAUGCGCAGUUGUCAGUCAUUGUAGUUCCAGUGGCAUUCUCUCUAGUAGCUGUAAUAUUAGUGGUGUUUGGUGUUGCCUACUAUCAGCAUAGAUCAAGGCAUACCGUAGAAGUGGCUGACUUCGACUUUGGUCAGCAAGUGAAUCUAGACUACAAGACAUUCACUGAGCGCCUGAGAGACAGUUUCAGAAACGCCUUCAACUUUAGACAUCGAGACGACAUAGAUCCACUAACAUCUGACGCUAGAUAUGACUCGAUGUGAGUGUUUUGUUCCUGUGUAAAGAAAUAUUAUUGUUAAAAAUUUGUAUAUCCAUGUUUUCCGCUCAGUGAUUAUGAAUGAAGGGUAUCAUACUGCUUUCAUGGGAUUAUAAUAAUAAUAUUUUUUUAAUUAUUAUCAAUAUUUUUUUUAUUUGAUGUGUGUAUCCAUUCCAAUAUAAAUAAUUUGUGAAAUAUGAUUUUUAAAUGUUUUUAACCGACUGUAAUUAUUGUACAAUUAAUAUAAAUACAUAGCCAUUGUGUUAUGUUUUUUUAAGUAAUCCAUCUCGAUUUAUUUAUGUAUUAUUAUUGUUAAUUGAACCAAAAAUAAGGGGUUUUAUAGCUAUCAAGAGAGAGAAAGGGGGGGAGGCUAAUUAAUUAUGAAUGUUCGGACGCUAUGAAUAGAAUUAAUACAAUUAUUAACGUUAAAACUACUUAGAUAGAUUAUAAAACAUCUAUAUAGUAUCAUUUAAUUCUCAUCCAUUUAUCUGUACCAAUAAAUAAAAUUGGAGUGCCUGUUUGUAAUAUUGAAAUAGAAUCUUUUUACUAAAUACGUAUGAAUGUAUACACAGUAGAUGCAUCAAAAAACAGUUUUUAUUUACAAUCGUUAUUUGCCAGUCUGUCUGUUUAUUCCGGCUAAUUUCUGGAACGGGUAGGUUGAAUUUAACGGGAUACACUGGCUGAUAGCUGAUGUAAUAAGGAGAGACUUAACUUGCUUUAUGUAUGCAUUGAAAUUGUCUUCUUUAUCAUGCAGCUUGGAGGAGGAAAAAGCUUUAUAUCAGACUGAUUGAUGUUUGCAUCAUAGAAAUGUGCAUUUUGUCCAUUAAUUUUGUAAGACAUGGCGCGUUUCACUUUUACAGAUCUUUUUUUUUUUAAUUAAUUACAGAUCUUAGUAUUCAUAAAGAGAAGGGCCGUAAUAUGUAUUAUUUGAAUGCCCCGAUUUUCGGUAUUAUUAUAUUGUUAUUACUUUGUUUUAAUCAAUUCAAGGUGAUUUCGUUAUUUGAUGAUUAAAAACAUAUUACAAUUUUGUAUAUAUCUGGCAAUCAAUUGUAUAGUCUGUCCAAUUAUGUGUAUUAUAUUUUGUUAUUAAAAUGUAAGAUGUAUGCGGAAAAGGAACUAACAUACGAUAUGCCAAAUUAAAGAACAAAUGAUUGUCAUCAUCUGUAGUUAUAUACUAAUGAAUAAAAAUCUAUAUUCAUCACGUUUUUAUAUUCGAUUCGAUUUAUUUAUAUCGCUUUAGCAGCAUUGUACUGCAAGGAAUCCCUUAAAAUGUUGCCAGGUACACGAAAAUGAUGAUUAAAAAUUAAUCGAAUAUAAAAGCGGGAUAAAAAUAAAUGUUUCACACCGUGAAGUUUAUAAAUAUUCGAGUCAUAUUCCUAAAUUAAUAAAUUUAACCUAGCAAUUAGUAUUAGUGUAAUUCGGGACAUCACGAUAAUUUUUUAAAAGUGAUCAGUCAUGUUUUGUGAUAUAUUAGUUUUAUAUUAUAGAUUUAUUUAUCGUAUAGUGAUAGGGAGCAUAUUUAUUUAAGAAGCAUAAGAUUGUUAUCUUUAAUAUUAUUCAAAUUAAUUUAAUGUCUUACUUGACAUAAUUAAUUUAUUUUUAAAUACAACAUAAAUAAGAUACAUUGAUUGGAUUCUAUAGUACACACAUUUCAUUGUUUUUAUUCCGUGCAAAGUAAAACGUUGCAGUGUUGUGCUUCUUAAAUAAAUUUGCAAAAUUGUAGAACUUACAUUAAAGUGUUAUUUAAAUGUUA